AUGUGCCCUCGUUGUGGAGAUUUGGAAUAUAUCUCUCACAUUCUCUUCCACUGCCCUUUUGCAACCGAAGUCUGGGAUCUCGGACCAUGGGAAUACAAGUUGGACACUUCGCCGCAAACUUCGUUCUUCGACAAGCUACAAUACUCCAUGACCCAAGCUCCUCUACCCCCGUUUGGAUUUACAGGUAAUGCUCUCCCGUGGAUCUGCUGGACCUUAUGGACCUUAAGGAAUCAACUCAUGUUUGAAAACCGGCACCAAUCAGCAAUAGAAGUAUUUACAAGAGCCCUAGGAGCCCUCAAAGAAUGGGAAUCGGCGCAACCAAUCAAACAAAACCCAAAUCCUAAAAGCUUACCCAUCACUCGUGAUACUGUCGGUUACCCUUUGGAAAUCAUAUGUAACACAGACGCUUCGUGGAAGGGAGGAACCCGAUCGGCGGGAUUGGCCUGGAUCUUCACUGAUUUCGCCUCAGAAGAGCUUUAUAGAGGCUCCUCGGCACAGAACUUUGUCUCCUCUCCUUGUAUGGCAGAAGCUCUAGCCAUCCGAGAAGCCCUCCUCCAAGGGGCCUCACUCAACUACCGUCAUAUCUGUAUCAAAUCAGACUCUCAAGUACUCGUUCUCAAGUACUCGUUCAUACGAUCUCUUCUCUCCGACGAUCAUCGGAACUCUUCGGGGUUCUCGCCGAUAUCGACGACCCUAGCUUUUUCAUCUUCCUCUUCGUUUCUGUCUUGUCGUUAUACUUUCAUUCCACGAUCCCUUAAUGGACCUGCGGAUGGGCUCGCGAAGAGUUGUCUACCGGCCCACUUAAUCAGCAGUCCACCUAUUGUAACCUAA